AUGACCGUGCAAGAGUUCAAGCCUCGUGGCAGUGCGGCCGAGGAACAACAGCCGUCCGGCGACAUUCUGUCACCGUCUAGCGAACCACUGGACAACGACAAGGAGCAGUCGGCCCAGGUCUGUUAUCGCGGUGCACCCCAGGAUAGCGAGAAUCUGUUGGGACGAGUUUUAGCCG